AUGGCAGCGGCAAACGAAGACGUCCUCGACAUCGAGGCAUCAGCUGAGGAUCGCUUUGAGGAAACCAUGGACGAUGCUGAGGAUACUGCCAACAACACCAAUCCCAACGCCAAGCGCAAAGGCCGCGGCUUCAAAUCGCAAUCAAACAGCCACUACACCUUGUCAGCAACCGGCGAUGCUUCGCCGGAUGCUCCCCAGCGCUCGGUUGAGGGCUGGAUCGUCAUUGCCCGCAACAUCCAUGAGGAAGCCGCGGAGGAAGAUGUCCUGGAUAAAUUUUCAGAGUACGGUGAUGUACGCAACCUGCACUUGAAUCUGGAUCGCCGCACUGGUUACGUCAAGGGCUACGCUCUGAUCGAGUACGAUUCCAAGGAGGAGGCGCUGGCCGCCGUUGAAAAGGGCUCAGGCGAGGAUCUCCUCGGCCAGACCCUCUCUGUGGACUGGGCCUUUGUGCACGGCAAGAAGAGCAUUCACAAGAGGUAG